UCUGCCUGUUUCCCUUUCCGAAGCGAGACAAAGCCAAGAAUGGAGCGGUGGCUUCCACUAUUCGACAUUUUCUUGAACUCCCCUUGUCCUGAAACAGAAGCGUCUCUAUGGCUGCAACGUUCUUUUGACCCUUCAUCAACUGCUCCCCCAAUUUCCACAUCUUCUUUCCUUCAAUUGCUCACAAAUCCUUCCGACGUCAUCGUUCUUAACUCUUCCCCCUCUCUACAAUCUCCACCACCUCAUACCAAAAGAUUUAUGUUUAUACAGACGCUGCCUAAUUUUGUCCAGGCUCGAAUUUUGUCAUUUCUUGUUUAUGACCGCAAGAGAUUCUGCAGGAGAGAUUUGAUUAAAUUUGCUAGAAGCAUAUUGGGUGAGGAUCAAGAGCUGGAUUUUUGGGUGAAGAGAGGUGCGCACCAAUUGCUUGAUUUGUUGUCUGGCUCAGGUUUCGAAUGGAUUUCUAACUUAAACCUGGAUUCUGAAGAAGACAAUGCCGAGGAUGAGUUUAGGGCAAUGCCAGAUUGGCUUAAAGAUGCUGCAAAGAAUCGUAAUUCUGUACUACUUCCUUGGCUUCCGAUAUUACCUGAUGAGGUCAAUUUGAGAAAGCCAUUUGGUAAUUGUGAAGAUGAUGAAGAUUCGGAUAACGAUGCUGAAAAGGAGAAACAAGAGUAUGGGGAUGACGUAAUGCGAGAAGAUGUGGUUGGUGGUCAGGAAGACGUUGGUAUGAACCCUGAAGUUGAAACGAGGGCUGAUUUCCUGAAAAAUCAGAUCCUAAAGUUUGAGACUACUUCCAAGACCGUGGAAGUGACUAAUGAGAUUCGCCGGCUUUGUGUGGAAAGUAGAGUGGAUUCUUUGGCUAUUUUGGAGUUGAUUGAACCUUGGAAGGCCGAUGAUGAGACUGCUUCAAUUAUGAUUUCACAGCUUUUAGGUGGAGGUGAAGAUGAACUUGGCUGGCCAAGUCAUGUUCUUUGCUCUAUCAUUCUUCCCAAAAUGUUAUCUCUUACAGAGCCUGCUUCUCGUGUGCUGGUCAGUGCCACCAUAGAAUACUGCAAGAUCCAUGGAAGGGCUGCUGAGUAUGCAUUGCUGUUUCCAUUGAUUCUAAAAGUUGAUGGAAUAAAUAAUCCCAUGUGUGAUGUUCUUACAAGGAUAGUUAGAGAGUGCUUGCAUCCAGCCCAUGCAGCUGCCUUCUUCCAAAAACUUCUAUGUGAAGAUGCCAAGAAUUUCAUAUGCCUUCCCUGCCACAGAUGCCUGAUAGCCGGUGAACUGGUAUGGACAGAGUCGUUAUUUUACUUGAUGCAAAAUGUUUUAAAUCACAAUGUUCAUUUGACCCAAGAUGCUGUUGAGCAACUCGUUCAAGAGGUAUACAAGUCGACAAAGCGAUUUCCAAGAUCUUUGAAGUUAGGCAACUUUUUGUUAAGCUUUGUCAACAAAUUUGCUCCUCUCUUAAGGCCUCAUAAGCGAUCGCUGAUGGAAGCUGUGGAGCAUACUGAUACUCUAGUUACCAAAUCUUUGAUAUCUAAAUUGGCUAGCUUGUAACUGCACAUGGAAAAUUACCGUUCUGUUGCCAGAUAUUUUGACACAGGUAGGAUUCUGGGCAGGAGUUAAUCCUUUUUUUGGAGCAUAUGAGAUGAGGAUCGUCAUCAGAUAUUUGAAGAUAAUGGUUGGUGAUGUUAUGUUUGUACUCUCACCAGUCUUACUUUUUAAAAAAAGUAAAAAUUGUUUUUAUUCUGUA